CGCGCAAUGCGUGCCUCCGCUCGUAAACCGAUGCGCGGGGAGGAAUGGCGGGGUCAGGGUCCAGCUAUCAUCUCCGAUUUACAUUGGCUAUUUAUAAGUGGUGGUGUCCAUUAUGUUGACAGUGUUAACCCUUGCAACUUGUGAACAAUAUUGUAUGUUUGGCAGUGAAUAGAUUCAGGCGUCAGGAUGGUCAUCCACAAUUCCGCUGCCGUCGGCUUCUCCAACGCUGGCUCUUACGAUGCUCACCGCCCGUCGUACCCUUCUGAGGCUGUCACCAAGCUGCUACAACAUCUCGGUCUGGAGGGCAAGAAUGGGGCUCGCAUCAUCGACCUAGCCGCAGGCACGGGCAAGUUGACGGAGCUAUUGUGCCAUCGUCCAGAGCGGUUUGAAGUCAUUGCUGUGGAACCACACGACAAGAUGAGGGAUACUCUGAAUGCGAAGGCUCUGAAAGGCGUCAGCACGCAAAGUGGCACCGCGGACAAUAUGGGUGUCGAGGACGGCUGGGCUGACGCGGUUGUUGUGGCACAGACUUUCCACUGGUUCGCCAAUCUCGAUGCUCUUCGUGAAAUUCGCCGCGUGCUCCGGCCCGAGGGCAAAUUAGCCGUGAUCUGGAACAUUGAUGAGUAUAACAAGCCUCGCGCGUGGAAGGCCACGACCGAGUGGGAGAACUCACUGCACGAGCUUGUCAUGGACGCUGCCCAGGACGGACAGCCACGUUUCCGGGACUAUGUUUGGAAAGACGUCUUCUCGAAGCAACCCGAGCCAGCUCUCUUCUCUGCGUCCUUGGUGGAAAACAAGACCAGCUACAACGUUUGGCUGACCAAGGAGGCCCUGUGGGAGCGGCUCGCGACGUUGAGCCACGUGGCCAUGCUGGACGGUGAUAAAAAGGAGGCCUUUGUGCAAAGGUUCGACGAGAUUCUUGUGGAGGGAAACGACGGGGAAUGGAACGACCAGAACGAGAUUCUCAUGCAUGGGGUGACGAUUUUCGCGUGGACGACGAAGCUGUAGUUGGAGCAAGAAGCGCAGGCCGAUUGGAAUCACUGAGACGUGUGCCCUGAUGCAACAGGGGUAUGAAUUGAAUUCGUGAUUUCUCUAUGAAUCCGCUGAGAUGUACAUCACUGCACAAUGUCAGCAAGUGUCUGCGAGUAAAACCACGUGGAUGGUAAUCACCGUUGUUGCCUC